GCUACUACUGCCCCAAGGUACAGGCUACUACUGCCCCAAGGUACAGGCUACUACCCCAAGGUAUGGGCUACUACCCCAAGGUACAGACUACUACCCCAAGGUAUGGGCUACUACCCCAAGGUACAGGCUACUACCCCAAGGUAUGGGCUACUACCCCAAGGUACAGGCUACUACUACCCCAAGGUACGGGCUACUACUGCCCCAAGGUACAGGCUACUACUGCCCCAAGGUACAGGCUACUACUGCCCCAAGGUACAGGCUACUACCCCAAGGUACAGGCUACUACUGCCCCAAGGUACAGGCUACUACCCCAAGGUACAGGCUACUACUGCCCCAAGGUACAGGCUACUACCCCAAGGUACAGGCUACUACUACCCCAAGGUACAGGCUACUACCCCAAGGUACAGGCUACUACUACCCCAAGGUACAGGCUACUACUGCCCCAAGGUACAGGCUACUACCCCAAGGUACAGGCUACUACUACCCCAAGGUACAGGCUACUACUGCCCCAAGGUACAGGCUACUACCCCAAGGUACAGGCUACUACUACCCCAAGGUACAGGCUACUACCCCAAGGUACGGGCUACUACCCCGAGGUACAGGCCCCACUAGUGUUCACCUGUCACUAGUCACAAAAUA